AGCUGCGCUGCGCUGCUGGAUAAUGCGCUCGGCAAUCAGUGAGUUCACCAAACUGUUUGCACACCAGCCUCCCCUCCACUCUGCAACGCCUGUCCAAAUUGGGAUCGCAGAUCUCGGAGCCGUGGAUUUAUCCAGUUUUUACGCAGACGUAGAGAUCCGAAGUAACCGCAUUUCUCCGAAUUUCAGCCCACUACGCGCGCCCAGCUGAUCUGAUCCUCGAUCAUCGAAGAGUGUUCAGGGACAUUUUGGAGCUCACCACACAGAGAAGAGUCAGAUUUCGGCUUCGAGCUUCGCCUUGAGCCCAUGAAAGCUGGAGAGGGGAGAAAAAGAAGAGUCAUCAUCUUCACCUGAGAAAAGACGAGCAAACAGGCACUCAUGGGCCAGGGAGAGGCUUCAGCUCGAGGCACAACUAUGGAGGGCGACUGUCUCAGUUGCAUCAAGUACCUCAUGUUUGUCUUUAAUUUCCUCAUCUUUCUGGGGGGCUCCUUCCUUCUCGGAGUGGGAGUGUGGGUGCUGGUGGACCCCACAGGUUUCAGAGAAAUUGUAGCAGCCAAUCCCUUGCUGUUCACCGGCGUCUACGUCAUUCUGGGAAUGGGAGGCAUGCUCUUUCUUCUGGGCUUCCUGGGCUGCUGUGGAGCCAUCCGCGAAAACAAAUGUCUGCUCCUUUUUUUCUUUAUGCUCAUCCUUCUCAUCUUCUUAGCAGAGCUGGCCGCUGCCAUCCUUGCCUUCAUUUUUCGGGAGCACUUGACCAGGGAAUAUUUCACCAAAGAGCUGAAAAGACACUAUCAGGGCUACAACAACACAGAUGUCUUCACCUCCACAUGGAAUGCCAUCAUGACCACAUUCGAUUGCUGUGGAGUGAACAGCCCGGAGGAUUUUAAGGACAGCCGGUUCAGGCUGAUCAACCCGAAUCAUGUGGUGCCAGAAGCCUGCUGCCUGCGUGUCAGUCAGAACGGAGAGCUGGCCUACACCAGCCGGGACCAGUGCUUAUCAGGCAAUAUGAUGUUCCGCAAUAACAAGGGCUGUUACUCUGCUGUGGUUGACUACUUUGAACUUUACAUCUAUGUGGCUGGAGCCCUGGCCAUUGUGGUGUUGACCAUCGAGCUUUUUGCCAUGGUCUUUGCGAUGUGUCUCUUCCGGGGAAUCCAGUAAACGUGCUUCUCCUACUAUUUGUUUGUCAUUUUGACUUUGAAAAUGAAUGAAAAAAAAUAAAUAAGGGAAUUUCAGAGACGGAGCAUAGCGAACAUUUGUAAAUGUGUGAAUCUCUUUUUCUAUUGUGUGAUUGGUUAGAAAAAUGAAACAAACUCCUGUACUUCACAGCUGGACUUUUGAGGUACGGAGAGACAAAAAAAAUUGACAAACUGAAAGCAGACGUGCUCGAACCGCUUAGAAGUCUGAGAUCAGAGACAGUGUUGAUGUAAAAGAAUUGUGCGCAAAGUGGGAGCAGUAAUUUUGGACCAGGUCUUGCACAGACUGGGAGUGACGUGGACUGUGGGAGGAGGACCAGGUGACGCCUUCGCUAAAGGCACUGCACUGACUUUUGGAUGAAGAAUAUUUAUAUUAAGUAAAGUUGGCUGAACUGUAAAAAUUGUGUUUCAUGUUUUCUCUUGUCUGUAUUCCAGUGCCCUUUUUUUAAAUACUUUAAAUUGUCAUUACUUCCUCCACAUGCAUACCUUUUAGGUUUCUAAAGAGCCACUGUAUCAUAUAAGCUUUGUAAGGUGUGUGUGUGUGCAUACUGAAUGCUCUCUUUGACUGUGCAGAGUGUGAUUAUGUGAGCUAGUUCCACUCCAUUCCCCUUCCCAGGCUUGAAAGCCAACAACUCUUUUCUGUUGAUAUGGUGCUUGUUCAAUGCAGUAGUGCUUAAAUCUGGUUUUAGCUGGUGACAUGUUUGUGUAUACAUUUGUAUUAGAUUACUGGAAAGUAAAAAAUGGAAUUCGA